UAUAGUUAUUAUUUUGAAUUCAGGACUUAACUGGUUAAAAAUCAACUCCAAAUGAACCCGGAAGUGUGCUUCAUUUCCAGUUAAUGAUUGAUUUAAGGAGGUCUGACGUCUCAUCCCCCGUAAGGAGCCCUACUUUCUAAAAUAGCAAGACAUACCUAGAAAUAUCAUAAUAGUAAUUGCCUUAAUUACAAGAGGUGACGUAUUUACGUAAUAAAGUUCUGCUGUUAAUAUGAGGCCGGCAGAUAAAAACGUUAGUGGUAUAUGGAAAGCCAUUUUAAGAUUUAAUUUUUUUUUAUUAUUUAAAAAGUGCAUCUGUCUAUAAUUACUUAGUAUUUUUGCUAUGCUUGUCUAAUAUUAAAGUGUUCAUAAUAACAUUGAACUGUCACCCUACAGAUUUUUUUUCUCCAUAAAAGUGUUUAAAUCUCUCCCUCUGUUUAGUUGUACUGUUGUCCAGUUCUGGUCUAAGUUGUCUAAAUAUUAACAAUUGUGAACUAGAGUUGAUCAAGUUCUGUUAGUUCAGUUCAGACUCAGUGAAAACGUUGAAAUAUUCCUUUAGCGUAGCACUUAGGGGAAGCAGAUGCCAACUUCAGGUACAUCCAGCUAACUGCAAAACAGCUACUCUUAGAAAAAGCAAACCCUUCCCUUCUCAUUACCAUAAACAUAGAAAAAUCAGUCUGUCAUUGUGCUCAAGACCAAUGAGACACAUUUCAUAUUCAUUUUGUGUAUUAGGUUUGCAGCGGCACCUGCUUAUGCUGCUGCCUCGCAGCAAGAAGGUUGUGGGUUCGAAUCCCCGCCAUGGUCUUUAUGUAUAAGUGAGUUCUCUCUGGGUACUCUACCACAGUCCAAUCGCGUGACUGUUAGGGUAAAUUCUCCAAUUUAAAAUUGCUCGUGUGUGUGCAUGUAUGAGUGUGUGUCUGUGUAGCACUGUGAUGGACUGGCGACCAGUCCAGUGUGUCUCACCCAGUGACCCUGCCUCUCGCCUAUUGACUGGUAGAGGUAGACACCACUCACCCCCCCAUUCGAGGAUCCAUGUUUAGAGACAAUGGGACGAUGGAUGGAGUUUGCAUCUCUUAGAAAACAUCUUAACUGUGAUUAUUAAUUAUACUAAUGUCUGACAACAAUGAUGUUUGAAAUAUCUAAAAUGCUGAUUUGGCUGGAAAGGAUGUUAUUCUAGAUUUUUUUUAAAAUUCUUUAUGUAAUUUUUACGAGUAGAAGCUCUGAUCUCAAAUGCCUUUAUUACGACAAUUGGCAAGUAUUAUUUUAGAUAUCCUAUAUUGACAUCAGUAAUUAGGCUAAUGUCAACAGUGAAAGUUAGCUUGUGGGGACGUGUUGUCAUUGUAGGUCUCUAAAAAAAAAAAUUCACAAAUGUUAUCACUUUUUGCAGAUAUUGCUAAUAUAACUCAGGACAUCAAAACCUCAACUAGUAGCAGUGCUAUGUCUACUAUUCGUAUCUUUUGAUUAUUUAAGAGCAACUUUCAUGUACUGGUUUUACUGGUUUAUUAACGAGUAGCAACAUUUAAUGUUUGGGAUUCCUGAAAUGUUGAUUGUUUGUAGGUUGAAUGUCUUUCUAAAUGUCUGAAGUUUGAUUUUUGUUGGUUAGAAACACUGCACUCAUGGAAAUCCUCCAACAGCCCACCUGUGUGUCUAUUAAAUGUUAAAAGGGUUUGCCACGGCCAGUGUUUGAUGCCUCCCUUCCUUAAUAAAGGUGCGCGACGUCAGAGCAGCGUGGAAAUGUGUCUGUGCGUGUGUGUGUGUGUGGGUGUGUUUGUGUGUGUUAGAGAGAGGAGGUGGGGGGAGAGAGAGAGAGAGAGUAUGGGAGGAGACCGUCGUGCACAAUGCGCAUGUGCAGACGGUGAGAUCUGUGCUGCGGUGGAGCAGGGACUGGACACACACCGCUAGAGAGAUGGCGCGGCACCCGACCGGAGCGCAAGGACAGCUGGUUGGCGACGGGGGGGCUUGAAUUACAAAGAAGAAGAAAAAUAUAUGGUUUUAAAAGCAAAAAAAAAAAAAAAAAAAAAAAAGGCAAAAAAAAGAGAAAAGGAUAAACACAAGCAUAUUUAGAUAUAUAUUUCAAGAAGAAGAAUAACAGGUUGUGAAGAGACAUUUCAUUCUUGGAGAGCGGCGGCAGAGAGGUAGGAGAAUAAUCGAAUAUUGUAACACAGAGGGAUCUGGAGAGGAGGCUGCUGCACGGAGGACACCAAAAAGCAACAAAAGCAAACUGAACUUUACUGGACGCGUGGACUUCCUUUACGUCGGCUUACGGCAGUAGGUCAGAUAGAUGGUUUGUUCACAGCGCUGCCCCGAUCAUGAACGCGCAGCUGUCGAUGGAGAACAUAGGCGACCUGCACGGAGUGAGCCAUGAGUCCGUCGCCGGCCACGGAGAGCUGCUGAGCGGCCACAGUCCGCACUCCCGCCCGAGCCCGCGGGGUCUGAGCCACCGCGCUAUGGGCAUGGCCACCCUACUGGACAGCGGAGACUAUCACCCCGGGCACCCGGGACACCUGCAUCCAGCCAUCAGCAUGUGCGAAGCCCCCCACGGCAUGAGCGCGAGCACCACUUACACCACCCUGACCCCCCUGCAGCCCUUACCUCCCAUCUCUACCGUGUCCGACAAGUUUCCCCCCCAUCACCACCACCACCACCAUCCCCACCAUCCGCACCCGCACCCGCACCAGCGGCUCCCCGGGAACGUCAGCGGCAGCUUCACGUUGAUGCGGGAGGACCGCAGCUUGGCGCCCAUGAACAGUCUGUAUCCCGCGUACCAUCACAAAGACCCCUGCAUGGGCCAGAGCCUCUCCCCGCUGUCUGGUUCUGGACUGGCCAGCAUACACACGUCUCAGGCCGGCAUCCCUCCAUACGCUCACCCCGGCGCCGCCAUGCCCGGCGAGAAGAUGCUCACGCCCAGCGGGUUCGAGGCUCACCAUCCGGCCAUGCUCAGCAGACACGCCGAGCAGCACAUGACCUCCUCCGCCGGGAUGGUGCAACUCAACGGCCUGCAUCAUCACCCGCACGCCCACCUCGGCGCGCAGGGCCACGGCCAGGGGCUGGGUAGCAAUCGGGAGCAGGCCUCCGGGCCUGGGCACCAAGGUGGCGGCGGAGGAGGAGGAGGCGGCGGCGGUGGUGGUGGUGGUGUUUCUGGGGGACAGAUGGAGGAGGUGAAUACCAAAGAAGUCGCGCAGAGGAUCACCACGGAGCUGAAGCGCUACAGCAUCCCUCAGGCCAUCUUUGCUCAGCGGGUCCUGUGCAGGUCUCAGGGGACCCUGUCCGACCUGCUGAGGAACCCCAAGCCCUGGUCGAAGCUCAAGUCCGGCAGAGAGACGUUUCGUCGCAUGUGGAAGUGGCUGCAGGAGCCUGAGUUCCAACGCAUGAGCGCACUCAGGCUCGCAGGUGAGCGAAGCCUCGCAUGCAAGCGCAAGGAGCAGGACCACGGCAGAAGCGAGCGAGGGAACGUGACCAAGAAGCCCCGGCUGGUGUUCACGGACGUGCAGCGGCGGACGCUCCACGCCAUCUUCAAGGAGAACAAGCGUCCGUCCAAGGAGCUGCAGCUCACCAUCGCCCAGCAGCUGGGCCUCGAGCUGGCCACGGUCAGCAACUUCUUCAUGAACGCUCGGCGCCGGAGCCUGGACAAGUGGGUGGACGACGGUUCCGGUCACGCAGCCAACUCGGGGCCCAACGUCUGCGCCAAAGCCUGAAGUCGGACUGAACCUGACCAACUCAUGGACUGACUCAACCUCGGUGGAAAAGCUUUAAAAUAAAAUAAAAAACACUUCUGAGAAACAAAGAAAACUUAAAAGUCCUUGAAGCAACAUUUUGCCCUUAAACCUGUACUAUAUUGAUAUUUAUAGUAUCCAAAGAUGAAAAGCAAACCAAAGACUUCUUGUUUGACCUGCUUUACGAUGUUUGUUUCAGCGACAGUUUUUGUGUAACAUACUGCAAAAAGACUUUACUCUCUUUCACACACACGCGCGCGCGCGCACGCACACACACCCCAACAUGCAGACGCACUCACAAAUACACGUACACACCCAGGUCUUUAGCUUUAUUACACCCCCCCUUCACCUCCCUACUGUGUAUCAGUCUAUCAUUUGCCAUCCUUAUCUCUAAUCUGAUUGGUUGGUUUUAAUGAUGGGUCCCAUAAGAGGAGGUCUAAUCAGCCUAUCGGCAGUCUGGUCUGCAGCUGUCCACAGCCUGAGAAAAGAAGAAUUUAAAAAAGGAAAAAAAACAUGGAUGAAUGUGGAGUUCCAACGGGAUUGACCAACCAACUUUAAAAAGAAAGAACAUUUUCAUCCUGUGGGGAGCGACCCGGAUUGUUCUGCAACCUUGUUUGGACCAGUGGCGUGGACUGUAUGUCUGUCUGUCUGUCUGUCUGUCUGUGCGAGUCGUCUGUCGUUCUGUCGAGCAUUCCAGACAGACGGGCGGGAGGGGCAAAGAAAUGUCUUUUCAUAGAGUGCUAACCCAAAUCCAAACAGCCUGAACCAGACCGAAAAGGAGAAGAAGGAAAAAAAUGGAGCUCGGCCCAUUUAGUGGUGCUUUCUUCCAACAUGCUGAUGCGUUCAGCUGGGAAAAUAAAAGAAACCAAUCGGCAUCAAGCUUCUCGUGCCGCGCAAAAACGAAACCUACAAAGACCAAAGAAUAUAUUUAUUUAAAAAGUAAGUAUGGGCAAUUAUGGUAUUUUCUUGAUAUGAUAACAUUAAGUUUUAAAGUGUCCAUUGUAUUUGCAAAAAAUUUUUUAUCAACAUUUAUUUCCAGAUUCAACUGCUUUUACUAAGAGCAAAAAAAAAAAGACUUGACAUAGUGUUUAUAACACUUACUUUAAUGUGACCUAUAACAAUUAUUUAUUCAUGUUAGUUUUGAUACAAAAUACUUUACAGAAUUACAUGCUACGAAGGUAAAAACAGAUCUAUUUUGGGCCAUUUUACAAUGACUGUCUAUGUUUUUUCAGUCAUACUAUUCACAAGCAGCUGAAUUUGUCUCGUUUUACAUAAGAAAAAAAACCUAGCCAGGCAGCAAUAGGUGGGGUAGGGGCAAAGCUGCAUUACUAUAUGCUGUGUUUCCCAAAGUUGGGGGUUGGGGACUGCAACGUGGGUCACAAAUCAACAAGUGUGGGAUCUUGGGAGUCCCUCGGAAAUCCGAAAAAUAUUACGGAUGAACCAUAUUUGUGGUAUAAGUCUUAACAGCAAUACCACUCAGACGUGCCUCGUAAUAAAAAAAAAAUACGUUUGCGUCUUUAAGCAUAAGAACGUCGCUGCUUAUUUUUCACAAAACGUUUGUUUUAUUCAUAAAUCCUAAAACACAAACCUUCCCCCGUCACAUAAAAACGUGAGCUAAACAGAGUCGCAUUGAAAUGAAUCAGUAGCUGCCACACGUUCAGCUCCGCUCGAUCUUCUAUGACGGUGUGUUUUCUCCACACAAACUGCUGGCUCCGUGCGUGACAGAUAGCCUCGGAUGCUUUUCUUUUUUUUUUUUUAAGGACAAACUGUGUCACCGCUUUAAUAGUCAGGACUGUAGCGUCAGUCCAUCGUCGCCGAAAGCCUCUCACGUGGAUUCGAUUUGAUCUCCUCAUCAAAGAUGUACAGCGGAGGAGAUGAUAUCAAUGAUCGAAUCACUUUGGGGCGCUUACACGGCAAUGUCAACUCGUCACCUGAAUGCAAAAGCAUCUUUAUACGUCAGCUCGCUGCCAAGUCGUCCCCCCCCCCUUCUCACCCCGCCCUCACCUUCCCUGCAUUUCAGCACUCGGAGGAAAGCACUUCAUGGGCCUGGCUCUGGGGUGGCACAGCAUUAAAUGUAUUAAACUGAGCCCUCCCCCGCCCUCCCUUCUCUCGACUGGGGUUAGCAGAUGUACAUCCAUCACAACGAAUCUCUGAAGGAGGAGAGGCCUUCUUCUUCGUCGUCGUCGUUAUCUCUCGAGAGAAAAACCAAAAAUAUGACAAAACAAUGUCUCAAGACCUGCUGAUGUUUUGUUUUUUGUUCUUUUUUUUUUUCUUAGUGUGAACCAAAGAUGCUACCUCACUCAAGUUCCAUACGUGAUUUCUAUCACUUUUGAUGAUACCAAAGAUAACCAAAGAUUUUUUCUAAUUGCACGGCCUCUGUGAGUGGUGUUCAAAGAAGUGUGAUGUAUGUGUCCUGUCCUCUUUUUAUUUAGCUCCCCCCCUCUCUUUCUCUCUCUCUCUCAUUCUCUCUGUUGCAUCUUCACUCCUGUUCUGUCCUGUCCUUCCUGCUCCAGACCCUCUGACCUGCAAUCAACCCAUGCGUCCUCUUUUUAUUCUGCUUCUUUUUUUCAUUUUUAUGAGUGCUCUUGCUUAAUUUGUGCUCCAACUACAGCUCCAUACAAAGCCCUGCUGAUGCAGGUAAAGGCAGACGUGCUGAUCCAGCCAUAGAUGCACACAACUGUCCAUGCAGGUGCCGGCAGAGUAGACUUGUAGUGAUGUGAUCUUUCUUAGUUAGUCUUUCUGCUUCUUCUUUUGAAGAACCCAGAUCAAAUGUAAAAGAGGUGCUUAAAUUUGAGUUUGUAGCUUUUUUUUUUUUAAAUCAACAUAGAAUGUUGAUUUAAACUAAAAUGUCAUGAAAAAGUGUUUGCUCCCUUCUUCCUGAUUUCUUCUGUUUUUGCUCUUUUUGUCACACUUAGAGGCUUCAGAUUGCCAACCUGAUUGGAUGAACACACACAACCGGAGUAAAUACAAAAUACAGUUUUCAAAAUUUUUCAAAAGUUAGAACGCUAUCCACAGUGACCUGGCCCUUUGUGGAGAUAGACUGCAACUUAACCGUAGUAACUGAUUAUUCUGAACGCUUCUCUUGUUUCCCCUGUGAGAACUUGGGAUUUCCAUGUACUGGACGUCUUGUGGUUACGGGCAACGAGUGUUUUGCGUCGUCACAGAGGACGUUCGACCCACUUUUCCUUGCAGAAUUUUUAAAACCUCCAUGGAGGACUUUAUAUCACAAACCGCUUGUUUUUGUCAGCAUUGCAACGGGAUGCGAGUCCAAACUUUGACUAGUCCACUCCAAAAAAAUAAAAUUCUUUUGGAGCCAUUCAGAAGUUCACUCGCUGAUGUAUUUCAGACCAUGUUUCUGCUGCAUAACCAAAUCAUGAUUGGCUCAACUGUUGGGUUAUUUUAUUUCAAUUUUUUUGUGACUUAGUCUUACACCAGCUGUCGCAGGACACGCACUUCCAAAACGUUUCAGUCUCGUCUCGUCCGUUCACCGAAUACCCAGAAGUCUCGAGUAUCAUAAAGAUGUUCUCAUCUGAAAUGUGUGCACUGGAGUCCCAAACCACCAGGAAUGACUCUGGAUCCCUUUCCAUACCUAUAGAUGUCAGUGAUUUUUUUCUUUCUUAUGGCUCAGAUUGGGGCAUUAUGCAUCUUUUUACACAUUCUAUUGAUCCUAUAGAUCUGGUAGCCUGGACUGAAGUUAAUGGAAUUGAACCAUAUUUUGUUUGGUUUGGAUAGCUUUUGUUUCUCACUGAAUAAAAUCAUCCUUUCGUCACUUUCCUAAAAUAAUAGCCCUUGUCAUUUUUUGCCAAAAUGUUAUUUUAUUUUAUUUUUUGCCUUUUGGUAAGAAAGAGGUUCUGUUUUGUUUUGUGUCAAAAAAUAACCUUAGGCUAUUACUUUAGGAAGGUGACUAUUUGUAAACUCCAUUUUAUGUAAAAAAAAAAAACAAAAAAACUUUGAUUGAUAGGACAAUUUCUUUGAUUAUCUGAAACAUAUAAGUGUGAUAAAAAGAAAAUCAAAACACAGCAGUAAGACGGUGAAUAAUUGAUCACAGCACUAUUCGUAACCCUGCUGUAUAUAUAUAUAUAUACAUAUAUAUAUAUAUAUAUAUAUAUAUAUAUAUUUUUUUUUUUUUUUUUUUUUUUCUGCUGGCCCUGCCCCUUUGUGUUGCAUAUUAUUGAUCCAACGAACAAGUCAGAGACAUCUUCACAUGACAGCAGGCAGACAGCCUGACAUAGCCAUGGGCAGAAUCAUUGAUUCAACUAUAGGCAGACAUGUUCCUGAAAGUAGAAGCAGAUGUGUUGCAAUCUUUCUUUUUAAAAAUAAAAAAUACAAAAAAAAAUACAAAAACUGGAAGAGAAAAAAAAAUAAUAAUAAUAAUACAACCUCCCAGGACGAGUGCCUUGCUUGAACCAAAGUGUUAAACCGCUGUUGACCUCUCACUUUUAACUCUGUGAAUACCUCAGCCUGUAGAAAGGCCACAACUGAAGAGACAAGGAUUUUUUUUUUUUAUUUUAGUUUUCCUUUUUCUUCCUUUGUACCUUUCGUUUUGUGAAUCACACCGUGGUGCUUUUGCCAGCGCAACCAUGCAAUGAAGACAUACCAAAGGAUUUUCUGUUGUCCACUUCUACAGAUCAAACCAAAGGUCUAUGUUUCUCGUCCUCUAUCCCCCCCCCUCCAGACACACACACACACACGCACACACACACACACUCCCUCCCCUCUUCCCUUCCUUCUCUCUCUGCUGUGUGUAGGAGGGUCCAGCACUCUGGCCGUGCAUGUCUUUUACCAGUGUCUCUGAAUACCUCAUAGUAAUAAUUCCUUUGAGUUCUGCAUCGAGAUGUCUUAUCUGUGACUAAUGGAGAACUCCACCUGUGUGGUAUUUGAUAUUGUUACGUCAAAAAAGCUGUACGAUUAUCUAUUUUGGAGCUGUUGUUUGUUGUUUAUUUUACUUCUGUUUUUUUUUACUUCUUUUUGGGGGGGGGCAGAAGUGCUCUGUUUCAAGACAUGGAGGACAAAGUUUCAGGGUUGACGCGAAACCUGAGGAGGAGAAGAUUAUUUUUUAUCAGACGAUGGGGGUUAUGCCAAUGUUAUGACGUAGACGAUUACUUUUACAGGGUAAAACCAACUGCUGUGAUGUUGUGCUCCUACUUUCUCUUCUACCUACUGCUGUGUUGUGAUUUUAAUUUAAUUGCCUUUUCUUUUUUUUUUGUAUAGGUUCUUUAAUUUAUGCAUUUGUAGAAGCUCUAGAUUUGUACAUAGUAUAGGGGAUUUUUUUGUAGAAGGGGGGGGGAAAUUAAACAAAGAAAUACAUUUUAUGCUUUACGUUACAGCCUUAUUUUUGAUGUUUAGAUCUAACAGAAGAGUAGUCGGUUUUUUUAUUUGUAGUUUUUUGGUUUUUUUUUUUUUUUAACUGCAUCCUAGCCAACAUUUCAACGUGUGUGUUUUGAACACUGCCAAAAAUCCAGACGGUCCUUUUUUUUUUUUUUUUUUUAGCCAGUGCCUACAAAGUUAAACAGACUUACUUUAUUGGCUACCUGGCAAAUAACAAGCAGUGUGUAUGCGUGUGUGUGUGUGUGGAUUUUUUGUUUGUUUGUUUGUUUGUUUUUUCUUUAAGUUUCCUUUGAAUUUUUGGAAGAAGAAAAAAAAAACUGUUACUCUAUGGGUAAUACUGCACAUCCAAAGAUUUUUAAAACAAACCAAAAAAAAAAAAAAAUAAAAAUAAAAAAUUGGAGAAAAAAUAUGUAUAUUGAAGAGGGGUGGGGGUGGAGGGAUAGAGGGGGGGGGGAGCACUGGCAUUUGUGUGGUAGAUUUGUUGAGUUUUUCUUCGCCAUUCGCACGGGUAUAGAAUGUAGAAGGCGUAGGGCUAUGUAGGCAAGCUUACUCCUACCGGGGGAAUCUCCUGUUCAACGUACAAUCCGAAAGCAUUUUGAAAGCGGGGGGGGUGGGGGGCUGGAAGCCUCUGCUCACUUUGCUGUCUUGUGCACGGGGUGGUGAGGUGGAGCGCGGGCUGGGGGCAGCCGGUCUGCCAGGGGCCAUGCCACGGAGCUGGGUCUGUUUUUAUUUGCCGUGGCUCGCCGCCUCGCUCCACCAAGUAUCUGUUCUUUUUGGUACGUACUCGUGUAACGACUAUGUGCAAAGUCUAAUAAAACUGCAAAGAAAACCUUA